AUUUCAAAACACAUAAACCCAAAAAACAAAACAAAAAAACAAAUUCAACAUUCGAAGUUUCCGCUGAGUUGAACCCGUCUUCCCCUUCCCAUAACCAUCUUAAAUUAUUCCGACGAUCACUCCAUACAAACCGGCAGGCAAACCAUGAAGUGUUUCCAUUUCAGCAUCGGCCACAAAACACCCACCGACGAAGACGACAACAACAACAGAGCCCUUUCACUUUCACUUUCACGGUCAUCCACCAGAGCCUCAUCAUGGGCCCGGUCUCUCAGCGUCGCAUCAACCAGUUUCGACACAAGUCGCCGGUUAGAUUUCGAUUCCAGCAACAAUUCCAGUGACGCUGUUGGGUUCUCUGAGCUUUUGUCUCAGCGUCGUGCGAAUGAUCUGAGAGUUUUCACGUUCAAAGAAUUGAAGUUGGCGACUAAGAGUUUUAAUCGGUCGCUUGUGAUCGGUGAAGGUGGAUUUGGGUGUGUUUAUAGAGGUGUUGUUAAGGUCGCCGGUGACCGGAAUUUGGAUGUUGCUGUUAAGCAGUUGAGCCGGAAUGGAUUACAGGGGCAUAAAGAGUGGAUUAAUGAAGUCAACAUCUUGGGGGUAGUCAACCAUCCAAAUCUUGUAAAGUUAGUAGGAUAUUGUGCAGAAGAUGAUGAAAGAGGGAUCCAACGGCUAUUAGUGUAUGAGCUUAUGCGAAACAAAAGCUUAGAAGACCAUUUAUUGGGUCGGGUCGGUUCUACUCUUUCGUGGAUGACCCGUUUACAUAUCGCUCAAGGUGCAGCCCGCGGGCUGGCUUAUUUACAUGAAGAGAUGGAUUUUCAGUUAAUAUUUCGUGACUUUAAAACUUCGAAUAUUCUUUUGGAUGAAGAGUUUAAUCCAAAACUCUCUGACUUUGGGCUCGCCAGACAGGGUCCAACUGCUGGACUGGGUCAUGUUUCAACAGUUGUUGUUGGAACGAUAGGUUACGCAGCACCCGAGUAUAUCCACACGGGUAGAUUAACGUCAAAAAGCGACGUUUGGAGCUUCGGGGUGGUACUAUAUGAACUUAUCACAGGCAGGCGAGCAGUUGAGCGAAACUUACCAAGAAACGAACAAAAACUAAUAGAAUGGGUGAAACCAUACGUUUCAGAUUCGAAAAAGUUCCAUCUGUUAAUGGACCCACGUCUCGAAGGAGAGUACUCGCUAAAAUCAGCCCGAAAACUUUCCUCUUUAGCCAAUAAAUGUCUUACAAAGAACCCAAAAGCCCGGCCCAAAAUGAGUGAAGUGGUUGAAACGCUUGGGAAAAUCAUCGAUGAUCUGUCACCGUCACAAGCUAAAAAUGAGCCCGAACUUGUACCCGAGCCAGAGCCCGAACUCGAGCCCGAGCCCGAGCCCGAGCCCGAAUUUGUUACGGAAGAAAACGCAGAGAAUAUCGUGUUAAGAAAACAAGAAGGAAAUGGGAAUAACUUGAAGAAAAUUUUCGAUUUUAAGGAACUGAGGAACCGAUCGAUUGGGAGAUUUGAUUGGAGACAUUGGCGACCGGGAAUGAUUAAACACGGUUCAUGAAGUUGAAGAUCUUUUAAAGAUUUGUAGAUAUAAUUUUAAAAGAUUUAUCAACCAUAAGAAAGAUUGUCAUGUGAAUGGUUCAAAUGUCUCAUUUUGUUUAUAUCUUUCUGAUACACAUGCUUUAUGCCUGGUAGCUGGGGUGUUCAUGGUUCGGUUUUGACAAAAAUAACAAACCAAACCGAUUUCUGGGCC